ACCCUUUCGUUGCCGACCUCUCGACGACAUUUCCCCCUCCAAUGCCAGAGGCAUCAUGGUUCCCACGUGUUGACGUAAAACCACCGGUGCACAUAAACAUUCAGUGAAUUUCGUCUCAAAUUUUUCUUUCGAUUUACAAAAACAUCUGCAUCUGCAGAAUGUCUGCUUCUGCAUCGAGUGAAGACAGACAGAGCAAGAGUGAAUCGAUGGACACAGGCGAUGCGGAACCUGCAUCUACUAGGACAUCCUCCAGGAAGGGUCCAGUUUGCAUCAUUGUCCUGGGAAUGGCUGGCUCCGGAAAAACAACUUUCGUCCAGAAAAUUGUGUCGACUUUGUACGAAACUGGGAAACCUUAUGUCAUUAACCUGGAUCCAGCUUGUAGGGAAACCCCCUAUCCGACGAAUAUAGACAUUCGAGACACUGUGAACUACAAAGAAGUGAUGAAGCAGUAUCGAUUGGGGCCUAACGGUGGCAUCGUAACAACCCUUAAUCUGUUCUCAACGAAGUUUGAUAAAGUCGUGGAGCUGGUCGACAAAGCUGGAGAUGAGCAUGAAUACGUUGUGCUGGACACACCAGGACAGAUCGAGGUGUUCACAUGGUCUGCUAGUGGGACAAUCAUCACCGAAGCCUUGGCCUCACAGUUUCCCACGAUUGUCGUUUACGUUUUGGAUACUGUGAGGAGUGUUAGCCCUGCCACUUUCAUGUCAAACAUGCUGUAUGCGUGCUCUAUUUUGUAUAAGACGAAACUACCCUUCAUUGUCGUCAUGAACAAGAUUGACGUAGUUGAACACAGUUAUGCAGUCGAAUGGAUGCAGGACUUCGAGGCCUUCCAGGAAGCCCUUGACUCGGAGACAAGCUACAUAAGUAACUUGACAAGAUCGAUGGCACUGACCCUAGACGAAUUCUACGCUCACUUGAAAAGUUGUGGAGUGUCUGCAAAAACUGGAGUUGGUAUUCCAGAGUUCUUUCGCCUCGUCAAGGAAGCUGUCCAGGAAUACGAAACGGUUUAUAGAAAAGACUGGGAGAAGCUGAGGGCAGAGAGAGCUUCAGAGAUUGAGAAGCGAAAGUCAAAGCUGAACGAGGUGGUCUCCCAGGCCCAGACAGCGGGCAUAACGUCGGUCUCCAGUGGACAGGACAUCGCUGACGUCUAUCUCAAGGCCGCUGGAGAUGACUCCAGCGCGGACGAGGAUGAGGAAGUCCCUGAGGAUCCCCACGAUGAGGACAGAGCGGAUGAGUCAUUCAAACAAUAUCUCAAUCGACACAAAGAAGAGCUGGUAAAACGUGCAGAGAGACAGAAGAACGAUACUGAGUCUGCUCAGGGGUCCUAACGACGAGAAUAUCUAAUAAUUAUUGUAAUAUAAAUUAUAAAAUAAACGAUUUUUUGUUACUCAAAGUAAA